UAAUUACCAGAUCACCUCGAUUAAAUAUAUCUCGGAACCGGAAGAGUAUAGAUUCAAAAAGUGUCUGAUAACACCAGAAAGAGACAAAUUGCUGUCUACAGCUUCAACGUGUAAUUCUGCGCCUCCGAUUUCCCUCGUUUUAUUCACUUUCUCUCAUGAAGAACAAUGGCAGCCUCCAGAUCCAUAAAGAAUAAGCAUCGUGAACCACGACAAAUGAAAAGCCCUUCCAUGGCACCUCUUCCAACUUCUUCACGAAAACGCAAACCUCGCACUCUUGCCACUGUUUCCGCUAUUCUUGCCGUUUUACUCGUCAUUUCCGUCAUCUGUCUCUUGCUCGUUUCGUCGAACGCUUGGCGUGCGUUCCAACAAGUGGUUUCGUAUGAGACGAUCUCUGUUGUCAAUGAGUUCCCUCACGAUCCUCAAGCCUUCACUCAGGGACUUCUUUAUGCUGGAAAUGAUACCUUAUACGAGUCAACUGGUCUUUAUAAGAAGUCCUCUGUCCGCAAGGUAGCUCUUCGUACUGGGAAGGUUGAGAAACUUCAGAAGCUAGAUGAUUCGCUAUUUGGGGAAGGUUUAACUCUCCUCAGUAAUAGGCUGAUCCAAGUAACAUGGCUGCAGACACUUGGUUUCACAUAUGACCUCAAAAAUUUAAGCAAACUGGGGACAUUUAAUCAUGAUAUGAAAGAUGGCUGGGGUCUUGCAACUGAUGGAAAAGUCUUGUUUGGAAGUGACGGAAGUUCAACCUUAUACAAAAUUGACCCUCAAACAUUUAAAGUUAUAUCUAAACACAUUGUCUUCUAUAAGGGUCAUCAAGUACACAAUCUCAAUGAACUGGAAUAUAUAAAUGGUGAAGUUUGGGCAAAUGUUUUUAUGACCGACUGUAUUGCAAAAAUCUCUCCUAAAGAUGGCGUUGUUGUUGGAUGGAUUUUCCUCCCAAAUUUAAGGAAAGAAUUAAUGGAAGCUGGAAAUAGUGUUGAUGUUCUUAAUGGGAUAGCAUGGGAUGCUGAGCAGGAACGAAUUUUUGUGACUGGAAAACUAUGGCCCAAGUUGUAUGAAAUCAAAGUUUUACCCAUAAAAUCAACAAUUGAAGAAGGGAUGGUUGAGCAGCUUUGCCUGCGCAAGCCUUUCGAAUUUCUAUGAUUUAUAGCUGUGUGCCCAGUAUUGAAGUCUAUUUAGAAGAAAAAGGCAGCGAAAUUGAAUUUUGAAAAUGGUGUACUAACAUGAUCGAUCCGUUUUUCUGUAACAGAAAAGUGCAAAAACUAAAGGCAAUUUGAGGUGUUGUUUGCUGAAAAAGAAUGGAAAUAAAAUCCCUCAAGAUAUAAAAUAUUAGUAUUUAAAUUUAUAUAUUGUCAUGUUUAUCACAA